CGCGUGGUUGUCUCGGGUGGCACUCACGGAAACGAGUACACCGGCGUAUGGGUCCUCCAACGCCUGCAGUUGCGCUCGGCGGAGCUCGCAGAGCAGCACCCUUCUAUCGCCAUCGAAACACUCUUCGCAAACCCACCGGCUCACGCUGCCAAUCGCCGCUUUAUCGACGACGAUCUCAAUCGCCAGUUUAGCGCGGCGACCCUUGCCGACACGACGGCAUCCAGCUUUGAGGCCGGGCGCGCCAAGGCAAUCGCAGCAGACAUGGGGCCAAAGGGCGCCGCCGCCGACGCGGCUGUGUGCAUCGACAUGCACACCACCACCGCCAACAUGGGCUGCACCGUUAUUGUGAGCUCGUACAGCACCCUCGCGCUUCGAGCCGCUGCGUUUGUGCACACGCACUGGGACGACGCCGACGAGGCAUCGCCGCCGCUGCCGCUGCGCGUGAUGGUUGAGGAGUGCAGCCAGUGCGAGGCGGCGCACCUCGCCAGCGUCGCGCGGCACGGCAUCGAGAUCGAGGUCGGGCCGACGCCGCAGAGCUUGCUGCGUGCGGACGUGGUCGCGUCCACAGAGCGCUGCCUCCGGCUGCUGCUGCGGUACCUCGAGCUGCACUACAGCGGCGCGGAGCCUGCCACGCCCGCCACGCUGCCCGUCUACGUCUCGCUGGGCAAGGUGCCCUUUGUGGACGGCGCCGACGCCGACGGCGCGCUCCCCGGGGCGGUGGUCGCCGCUUCGCUGCAGGACCGCGACUUCGCUCCGCUGCGGGCCGGCGAGGCGCUCUUCGAGGCGCUGGACGGCUCUCUCGUGCCUUACGACGGCUCGCUCGGCGAGGUCGUCCACCCCGUCUUCAUCAACGAGGCGGCCUACUAC